UCGCCGUCUCGUCGGAAGCAAAGAUCAGCUUACGUUUGAGAUUGAAUCAGAAAUCAAACCAGUUGAGUGGAUCGUUCAUAACUUGCCGAACGUUUAGCUACCUUAUCAAAUUGAAUAAGUCGAAGUAAUAGACAAAAUGAUACUACUUAAUUGCCUCGUCAUAUGCGCCUGCAUAUUCGGCAGUGGAGCCCAAGACACCUCUCUGGACAACUUGAUUGCAGACAUCUUCAAAACCGAUGAAACGCCCAGCUCCUCCACCACAAGCACUCCCGUUGUGAAUCCCAAGGAUUCGUCUAGCAACCCGGGAUCAGGAACCACAACAGGAUCUGCCCAAUAUCAGUCCUGUGGCGAUCAAAAGGAGUGCGUGCCCCGUUGGCUGUGUGCCAACGACACGAUCAACACCAGCGGCGAUGGCAUCAUUGACAUUCGAAUCGACACGGGCGCACAGUGCAAGAACUACUUGGAUCUGUGCUGUGAUCUGCCGAACAAGAGAAAAGACCCCAUCUUCCCGAUUGCCCCUGAGAACCCCGAGGGCUGCGGAUACCAGAACCCCAACGGCGUUGGCUUCAAAAUCACUGGAGCCGUGAACCAGGAGGCCGAGUUCGGCGAGUUCCCCUGGAUGUUGGCCAUCCUCCGGGAGGAGGGAUCUCUCAACCUGUACGAAUGCGGAGGAGCUCUGAUAGCUCCCAACGUGGUUCUGACCGCGGCACAUUGUGUCCACAACAAACAACCGAGCACCAUUGUUGUGCGGGCUGGCGAGUGGGACACGCAGACAAAGACUGAAAUCAUUGCCCACGAGGACCGGUAUGUGAAGGAAAUAGUGUACCAUGAACAGUUCAACAAGGGAGCCCUCUACAACGACGUGGCUGUCAUGUUGCUGGAGAGCCCCUUCACCUUCCAGCCGAACAUUCAAACUGUGUGCCUGCCCGACGUAGGCGAGAAAUUCGACUAUGAUCGCUGCUAUGCCACCGGUUGGGGCAAGAACAAGUUUGGCAAGGAUGGGGAGUACCAAGUGAUCCUGAAAAAGGUGGACAUGCCCGUGGUGCCGGAGCAGCAGUGCCAGACGAACCUGCGCGAGACCCGCCUCGGAAGGCACUUUAUCCUGCACGACAGCUUCAUCUGCGCUGGCGGUGAGAAGGACAAGGACACCUGCAAGGGCGACGGAGGCUCCCCCUUGGUGUGUCCCAUUAAGGGUCAGAAGGGCCGAUUCAAGUCGGCCGGCAUUGUCGCCUGGGGAAUCGGCUGUGGAGAGGAAAACAUCCCCGGAGUGUACGCCAGCGUGGCCAACCUUCGUCCCUGGAUUGACGCGAAGUUGAAAAUCUGGAACAUUGACCCCAAAUAUUACACAGCCUAGUAACAUCUUCCACAGGCUGGCUUGAGAGAGCAGUAGGUCAAAAGAUGAAUAUCUAAUAAAAUUGUUUACAUCACUGGAUUAAAAAAUA